AUGGGGACGAAGAUAAAGUCCAAAACACAACUGGUGAAAAACGAAGACAACGAAAAGAAAGCCGUUGCCGAUAGAACCAACAAAGAAGACGAUAGCGUUUUUGCUUCAUGUACCUUCUCUAGCCUCGGUCUUCAUCCAACCUUAUGUGACCAACUUCGUGAAAGGAUGGGUUUUGAAGGUCCAACAUUAGUGCAAGCUCAAGCCGUUCUUGUUGUUCUCUCUGGCCGUCACGCACUAGUUAAUGCUGCUACUGGCACAGGGAAGACUAUUGCAUACCUUGCUCCAAUUAUUCAUCAUUUACAGAGUUAUGAAAAGCGAAUCGAGCGCUCCGAUAGAACAUUUGCGUUGGUGCUUGUACCAACGCGUGAGUUAUGUUUGCAGGUUCAUGAAAUUCUUCAGAAGUUAUUGCAUCUGUUUCAUUGGAUUGUUCCAGGAUAUAUUAUGGGUGGUGAGAGUAGAUCGAAGGAGGAAGCCAGGCUGCGCAAAGCAGACUCACGGAGAUUUACGACGACAACAUUGAAGCAUUUGAAAGACAAGCACAGUAGCUGCUCUUAUCAACUGAACAGUAACACAUAUCGUAGCAGAGCGACGAAUCUGACUCACGCGUUCGAUUUUAAAAGCCUAAACUCAAGAUUUGGAACCGAUUGCGUGCUGGCCGUGAUGUCUAUCAUAUACAGGCAACAUAAAUGA